AUGGGCGUUUUGUACUAUGAUAAAGAAAAUUAUAGUGGUGCUCUCGAAAACUAUGAACAAGCGCUUUCAUAUAGAAUGAAAGCUGAUGGAGAUGAAAAUUAUGAAAUUGCAAACAUUUACAAUAACAUAGGAAACGUACAUCGAAUACAAGAAAAAUACGAUUUAGCUCUCCAGAAUCUUCAACGUUGUUUAGAAAUACGAUCGAAAAUUUAUCCUGAAAAUCAUCCGGCCAUAGCAGAAGUUUUAACAAAUAUUGGACUCGUUCAUUAUGACCAAGGACAAUAUGAUUUAGCAUUGUCCAUCCAUAAGAAGGUGUUGUUUAUUGAAUCAGCAGGCCUGCCGUCAAAUGAUGAAGCUUUAGGGAAAACAUACAUCGCAAUCGGCGAUAAUUAUUCUGUAGGCUUUCAAAAUUACCAGUUAGCAUUAGAUAACUAUCAAAAAGCUCUGAAAGUUUUUUCUCAAAGGUUUCGCUUAGAGCAUUCAUCGAUUACUUAUGUUGAAACAAAGAUUCAAGAAACCAAGAAACAAAUUAGUUCUCAAUUAUUGAAUUCUGCACCUCCAGACGAAACAAUGAUUGCAACGUAGAAAAUGAAGUCUGAUGCAGAAUAUAUCAGUCUCGAUAUUUUUCGAACAUAUGAUUUUCCUUGUCACAUUAUUUCGUCACAUUGACUUGGUCGUCUCAUUUCUAAUGGGCUCUCUUGAGGAUGAGAGUGUAGAAUGCGAGUGUGGGUGUAGGGGGGGGGAUGAGUGGUGGUAUGGGGUAGGUGGGUGUGCGUGUGAACAAAACCUGAACCGACACGCGCACCUCCUCCCCCCUCUCCCCCAGCCACCCCCACCGCCGC